AUGAAGGGCAGCUAUGAUUCCUUUAGCAAAGACAAUUCAGAUGAAGAACAAUCGAAGCAUCAAACUCAAAGUGAGAAAAAGAAAAUGAUGGUUAAGUAUAUGAGCACAAUCGAGGCAGGCAUGAAGGAGGGAGAAGUUAAUUCAUUGAAAGAAAAAAAAUCAGAUGAGGGCAUUUCUGACGGGGGUGGGGAGGAUGGAGAAGACGCAAGUUACGUAGACAGUGAGGACCACAUCAUUUUAACGGACGAAAAUGGGGCACUGUCGGGCGGCACAGGGGGCGAUCCCUCCAACAAUGACUCCCCGUGCGGUAAUGAUGACGAUUAUUCUGUGGGCGAGGGGAGCGCAAGAAGUGUAAGAAGUGAAGGAAGUGCAGGAAGUGUUAGAAGUGAAGGCAGGAACCACCUCAGUUCAGGCCCCGUAAGAGAUGCUCACGCCGCUGGGGUGGCCCAUCUUUUUAGGUUCCCCCGACUAGUUUUGCUUCACCCGCUACGUUUUCGCUUUUACGAGGACCUGCACACUUUUCCCUCUUACGGUAGGCUUCGCUCAGCGGUGUGGAGCCUGGGGAGGAGGAAGAAGAAAAAGAAGAAGCAGAACAGCAGAGUGCACUACCGUAUGGCGGCAGUGAUAGAGAUGCUGACCACUCGAGUGGGGAUGGCGGGGAUGCACUUCCCGCAGAAGGGGCCCUGCACGAAGAGGGGGGAAGCGCCGAUGGUAGCAAAGGGGGGGAGAGAGACAACCGGGGGCACCCACCUCAACGUAGAAGGAGGCAGCCCACACAAGUCAGGUGAAGAGGGUGACGAGACCCCCUUCAACACGAAGGAUAAUGUCCCUAACAUAGAACAAAUGCACAUGAACGAAAGGAGAAAUGCCCUCUUCGAUGUUGAAAUUAAGGAUAUAAACGAUUGGAAGUCCAAAUACAGACAGUUGACAUCAUCCUUCCGCAAAUUGGAAAAGGAAAUGAAUAAAACGAUCAACAGUGAACAUAUCGAGCCAGUAACGAGACGAAGCAUCAAGCAGCAUAAGGACUUCCUAGACAACGAGUAUAAGGAGUGGCUGUCCGUUUUGCUAAAGACCGUUUCGGAGUUCAAAAAGAACAUUGGGGCUCACGUUUCCGAGCUGAACGAAAAGGAGUACCUAAUUUUGUCCAAAAAUAUCUUCGAGGAUUUCCGGGAGAAAUACUUGGAAGAGAGCCACCUAAACAUCGUCCUCUAUUUGACCGUGACGAAGCACGACAUACCAGUUGACGAGCACGUUGGGAAGUACCUCCAGGGGUGUUACGAAUCGGUGAACACGGACAAGACGCUGCACAGCGCCAUACAGAAGCUGCUGGAAGUGAAUGCGCACAUUAGGGUUAUAGGCGGGAGAACGGGCACCUGGGAGGAAGACGAGCACAACUACUUUAUGAAGGUGUACGAGAGCAACGCCAAUUUGGGAGAUGAGGUUCUCGUUGGAAUGCUGAAAAGCUGCAUGAACAAAUCGGAGGAGGAAAUUAUUGAGCACGUGUCUUGGUACAAGCAGUUCCUCUCGUAUAAUAGCUUAAAGAUCAGGUGCCUGAACAGCAUCAGCAUCGUUAAUGUGAAUGAGCAGCGCAAGAACGACUCCAAAGUUGAGGAGAAAAAGCACAUGAUAAAGAAAUGGAGGGAGAAAAAACAGCAAGAGUCGGCCAUCAAGAUGAAGGAACUGCAAGACAUGAAAAAGGAGGAAAUGAAGAUAAACAAAAUAAUUCGCGAGAACAUCAAAAAGAAAAAGCAGAUGAUACAGGAGCAGCUGAACAGCAAAAAGGAGGAAAUGAAGAAAAACAAAAUGGAAAAGCAGCAGAAGAGCGUCCUGUCUGAGGAAUCGUUGCAGAGGAUUAAUGAGCGGAAUGAACGCAUUUUACAAAAGAAGGUGCAGUCGAAUUUGACCCUUAACGAGGAGAACAACGAGCGGGAAAAGAAAACAUCCAAGCAGAAGUACAUGCACAUCCAGAGCAAGCUACUGAGCAACACAGAUAACCUGUUGAGGAGAAUUGAGUCCAGCGUAGAGACGAUAAAGAACAUUUUGUAG